CGGGCGGCCGGGGUGGCGGGGCGGCCGGGCCGAGCGCGCGCGAUGCCGCACUUCACCGUGGUGCCGGUGGACGGGCCGCGGCGCGGCGACUAUGACAACCUCGAGGGGCUCAGUUGGGUGGACUACGGGGAGCGCACCGAGCGGGAGGACUCGGACGGUCAUGGCAACCACCGGGAGAACAGCCCUUUCCUCUGUCCCUCCGAGGCUUCCCGAGGCAGUGACUACUAUGACCGGAACCUGGCACUGUUUGAGGAAGAGCUGGACAUCCGCCCGAAGGUAUCAUCUCUUCUGGGCAAGCUCGUCAGCUACACCAACCUCACGCAGGGCGCCAAGGAGCAUGAGGAGGCCGAGACUGGGGUGGGCACGCGCCGGAGAGCCGCCAAGGCUCCCAGCAUGGGCACCCUCAUGGGGGUGUACCUGCCCUGCCUGCAGAAUAUCUUCGGGGUGAUCCUCUUCCUGCGGCUGACCUGGAUGGUGGGCACGGCUGGGGUGCUGCAGGCCCUCCUCAUUGUGCUCAUCUGCUGCUGCUGUACCCUGCUGACGGCCAUCUCCAUGAGUGCCAUCGCCACCAAUGGCGUGGUUCCAGCCGGGGGCUCCUAUUUCAUGAUCUCCCGCUCCCUGGGGCCUGAAUUUGGAGGUGCUGUGGGCCUGUGCUUCUACUUGGGAACUACAUUUGCAGCGGCCAUGUACAUCCUGGGGGCCAUCGAGAUCCUGCUGACCUACAUUGCCCCAGCUGCCGCCAUUUUUCACCCGACGGGCGCCCAUGACACCUCAAGCGCCACUUUGAACAAUAUGCGGGUCUAUGGGACGAUUUUUUUGACCUUCAUGACCUUGGUGGUAUUUGUGGGUGUCAAGUAUGUAAACAAAUUUGCCUCGCUCUUCCUGGCCUGCGUCAUCAUCUCCAUCCUCUCCAUCUACGCUGGGGGCAUCAAGUCUAUCUUUGACCCUCCUGUGUUCCCGGUCUGCAUGCUGGGCAACAGGACCCUGUCCCGAGACCAAUUUGACAUCUGUGCCAAGACCACCGUGGUGGACAAUGAAACAGUGGCGACCCGGCUGUGGAACUUAUUCUGCCUCAGCCCCAACCUCACUGCUGACUCUUGCGACCCCUACUUCCUGCUCAACAACGUGACCGAGAUCCCUGGCAUCCCUGGCGCAGCGGCUGGCGUGCUCCAGGAGAACCUGUGGAGCACCUACCUGGAGAAGGGGGAGGUGGUGGAGAAGCACGGGCUGCCCUCCACGGACGCCGUGGGCCUGAAGGACAGCCUGCCCCUGUAUGUGGUGGCCGACAUCGCCACCUCCUUCACCGUGCUGGUCGGCAUCUUCUUCCCCUCUGUGACGGGCAUUAUGGCCGGCUCCAACCGCUCUGGGGACCUCCGGGACGCCCAGAAGUCCAUCCCGGUGGGCACCAUCCUGGCUAUUGUUACCACGUCUCUUGUGUACUUCAGCAGUGUGGUUCUCUUUGGCGCCUGCAUCGAGGGUGUGGUGCUCCGGGACAAGUAUGGUGACGGUGUCAGCAGGAACCUGGUGGUGGGCACACUGGCCUGGCCUUCACCGUGGGUCAUUGUCAUCGGCUCCUUCUUUUCGACCUGCGGCGCCGGCCUGCAGAGCCUCACUGGGGCACCACGUCUGUUGCAGGCCAUUGCCAAGGACAACAUCAUCCCCUUCCUCAGGGUGUUUGGCCACGGGAAGGCGAAUGGCGAGCCAACGUGGGCGCUGCUCCUGACAGCACUCAUCGCGGAGCUGGGCAUCCUCAUCGCCUCCCUGGACAUGGUGGCGCCCAUCCUGUCCAUGUUCUUUCUGAUGUGUUACCUCUUUGUGAAUCUGGCCUGUGCCGUUCAGACGCUCCUCCGGACCCCGAACUGGCGGCCUCGCUUCAAGUACUAUCACUGGACGCUGUCCUUCCUGGGCAUGAGCCUCUGCCUGGCCCUGAUGUUCGUCUCCUCCUGGUACUAUGCUCUGGUCGCCAUGCUCAUCGCGGGCAUGAUCUACAAGUACAUCGAGUACCAGGGGGCUGAGAAGGAAUGGGGUGACGGCAUCCGAGGUCUGUCCCUGAGUGCCGCCCGCUACGCGCUGCUGCGGCUGGAGGAGGGGCCUCCUCACACCAAGAACUGGCGGCCGCAGCUGCUGGUGCUGCUGAAGCUGGACGAGGACCUGCACGUCAAGUACCCCCGACUCCUCACCUUCGCCUCCCAGCUGAAGGCCGGCAAGGGCCUGACCAUCGUGGGCUCCGUCAUCCAGGGCAGCUUCCUCGAGAGCUACGGCGAGGCCCAGGCCGCGGAACAGACAAUCAAGAACAUGAUGGACAUUGAGAAGGUGAAAGGCUUCUGCCAGGUGGUGGUGGCCAGCAAGGUGCGCGAGGGGCUGGCACACCUCAUCCAGUCCUGUGGCCUGGGCGGCAUGAGGCACAACUCUGUGGUGCUGGGCUGGCCCUACGGCUGGCGCCAGAGUGAGGACCCGCGUGCCUGGAAGACUUUCAUUGAUACCGUGCGCUGCACCACGGCGGCCCACCUGGCCCUGCUCGUGCCCAAGAACAUCGCCUUCUACCCCAGCAACCACGAGCGCUACCUGGAGGGCCACAUCGACGUGUGGUGGAUCGUGCAUGACGGCGGCAUGCUCAUGUUACUGCCCUUCCUGCUGCGCCAGCACAAGGUUUGGCGGAAAUGCCGGAUGCGCAUCUUCACGGUGGCCCAGAUGGACGACAACAGCAUCCAGAUGAAGAAGGAUCUGGCCAUCUUCCUGUACCACCUCCGCCUGGAGGCUGAAGUGGAGGUCGUAGAGAUGCACAACAGCGACAUCUCGGCCUACACCUACGAGCGGACUCUGAUGAUGGAGCAGCGCUCCCAGAUGCUGCGGCAGAUGCGGCUGACCAAGACGGAGCGGGAGCGAGAGGCUCAGCUCGUCAAGGACCGGCACUCUGCGCUGCGGCUCGAGAGCCUGUACUCUGACGAGGAGGAGGAGUCCUCAGUGGCGGGGGCCGAGAAGAUCCAGAUGACAUGGACCCGCGACAAGUACAUGGCCACCGAGCCCUGGGACCCCAGCCACACACCCGACAACUUCCGAGAGCUGGUGCACAUUAAGCCGGACCAGUCCAAUGUUCGACGCAUGCACACGGCUGUGAAACUCAACGAGGUCAUCGUCACUCGCUCACAUGAUGCCCGCCUGGUCCUCCUGAACAUGCCUGGGCCUCCCAAGAACAGCGAGGGGGACGAGAACUACAUGGAGUUCCUGGAGGUGCUGACCGAGGGCCUUGAGCGGGUGCUGUUGGUGCGUGGCGGCGGCCGGGAGGUCAUCACCAUCUACUCCUGAGCCCAGCACUGACGCGCGGCCUGGAACGGAGGUGCCCCAGGUGACCAAGAUGGACGACACGGAUGACACCCCCUCACCGCCACCCUCCAGCUCUGCGGGGCCCAGCUCCGCUGGUCUCCCUAGAGACUGGACCUGGCCUGGCAGUGGAGAUGGAUCCGAGGUCCGGCGAGGCCUGCGAGGUCUGGGGGGACUUUCCCUGCCCCGGCUGGAGAAGACUGGGAGGCGCAGGGGGGCUUUGAAGGCUCAGGUCCUGGAACGCUAUUUAUUGCAUAUUUAUUGUUCAGAUGUCACCAAGAGAGGAGAGGGAAAGGGCAACGGGGAGGGCCCAGCGUGCCUGGAGGAAGGCCUGGCCAGGCGACUGUGGGCAGGGACCCCCGCCACGCCGGGCUGAAAGGAGCUGGCCAGCUGAGGCCUGACUUUUUUCAAUAAAACAUUGUGUACUUCUGGGCC